GCAGAGUCGACGUCGGCAGGCACGAAAAGUCAGGAUGAACGUCUGGACUGAGCAUCGGAACCCCGAGGGGCGCACGUACUGGUUUAACACCGGGACGCGGGAAAGCGUCUGGGAGAAGCCUGACGACCUUAAAACCCCUUUUGAGAAAGCUUUGUCGACCACGAAAUGGAAGGAAUACUUCUCGGGUGGCAGAAAGUACUACUACCAUACCGAGACGAAAGAGUCGAAAUGGGACAUGCCCGAAGAGCUAUUGCUGCUCUUGGAGAAGGUGGAGAAAGGAGGGCCUGGCGCAGCUGCAACGCCGACGACACCUAACCAGAUCGCAGCGGCCCCAGGCUCAGCAACCCCCGCGAGUAUCACGAACGGACAGGUCCCCAAUGCCAACCCUCUCGCAGUGGGCCCGCAUACGGGCGGGCAGACCUCUCCCAAUGGCCUUCCCCUCUCCGCUGGCGUCCUGCCUGCGCGCCCGAGCAUCGGUGACGACCCGAUCAUCCCGCACAACGGCUUCCAGACGUUCGAGGAGGGCGAGAAAGCGUUCAUGCACCUCCUGCGCAAGGCCGGCGUCGACCCGACGUGGACAUGGGAGCGCACCAUGCGCGCGAUCAUUACCGACCCGCUCUAUCGCGCUUUGAACUCGCUCGCGGAGAAGAAGGCCGCGUUCGAGAAGUUCACUGCGCAGCUCAGGGCGAAGGAGCAGGAAGAGAAGGAGGCGCGGAUGGCGAAGUUGCGUCCGGCGCUGCGCAACAUGCUCAAAGGCAACCCGAACGUCUUCCACUACACGACUUUCUCAACGGCGAACAAACUCUUUGCGCAGCAUCCAAUCUGGCAGCAGGCGCGGAUCGAGGCCGAAAGGCGGCAGAUAUUCGAGGAGUACGUUGACGAGUUGAAGGAACGGGAGAUCCAAGAGACCCGGGCCGCGCGCACCCGUGCCACCCAAAAAGUCGUCGCUUUGUUCAAGCAAUUGGACAUCGACGUUUUGACGCGCUGGCGUACCGCCCACAAGCUUCUCUUGGACUCCGAUGCGUGGAAGGAGGACCCUGAGCUUCAGAAGCUUCCCAGUCUCGACAUUCUCCUUGCUUUUGAGGACUACGCACGGGUGACUGAGCGUGAGUUCGAGGAGCAGACGCGGCGUGCGCAGGUCGAGAAGACACGGAAGGAGCGCAAGGCACGCGAGGCAUUCAAGGCCUUGCUCCAGGAGCUCGUCGACAACGGCACGAUCAAGGCGCGCUCGAAGUGGAAGGAGGUGUACCCGCUGUUCAAGGACGACGAGCGCUAUCUCAACAUGCUCGGCAACCCGGGUUCGAACCCGCUCGAGCUCUUCUGGGACCGGGUGGACGAGCUGGACCAGGUGCUCGACAAGAAGAUGGAGGUGACCGACGCAGCGCUCAAGCGGCAUGCGGCGCAAACGGGCAAGGAGAAAGAGGCGAAGGAAGGAGAGCAGGAGAUGAAGAAGGAGGACGAGGACGUGAAGAUGGAGGACGUCGCCGAGCAUGACAAGCGCCAGGAGAUUACGCCGGAGACGACGGAGGAGGAGUUCCUGAGCAUGGUCAAGGACGAUGCGGACGUGAAGGAGAAGCUUUCUGAGGAGGAUUUGAAGGAAAUCUUCAGGACGAUGCAUGCGGCGGCUGUCAAGAGGCAGGCAGAUGAGAAGCGGCGAUGGGAGCGGAAGCAGAGGCAUCUGCAAGAUGACUUCCGCUACGCACUCAAGAAGCUGCCAGAGCCCAUUGACAUCAACAUGACCUUCGAAGAGGCGGUCCCGCUUAUGCAACACCUGCCCGAGUACUCUGCCAUCGCCGACGACGAGGGACGCCGCGCUGCGUUCGCCAAGUUCGUCAAGCGACAAAGGGAACGCCUCCGCGAUGCCGGGUCGGAAGACGGGUCUCAAAACGGACGCAAACGCAAGGAGCCCAUGCGCGACCGCGAUUACGACCGGGACGUCAAGCCUCGCGAUGCUGGCUAUAGGGACCGCGAGCGCGGGGGUCGGUAUCGGCAAGCAGAUGACGGCUACGAUCGGCGCUACGACCGUGAUUAUCGCUCGAGACAUGGCGGCCAUCGUGACGACAGACGAGAUCGUCGGUCGCGCGGCUACAGUCGUGAUUGGGAUGAGCCGAAGCGUGAGGAGAUCGACCGCGUGUCGGUACCGCGAGAUGAACCGCCGAUCAAGUAUGAGCUGGAUGAGCGUGCGGACAAGCGCAUCAAGUACGAGCGCGAGGAGACGAUCGUGCCGCCACGGCCAAGGGAGGAUACGCCGGAGGAAGGCGAGAUCUGAGGACUGAAGAAUGCCGGUAUUUGCGUACUUAUUUCUCUCUUACUGCUAUCGAAACACUUUCAGCCUUCUCAGUUUCGAGACCCGAGCUUUCUCGCGCCCAUAAAAAGGUUGUGGCAUUGGUGGCCUGGGAGGAAGUUAGUGACACAGUGCGAUUCCACUUCGUCUAUCUUGGCCGUGGUUUCUCUUUCACAGGUAUUCAACAAGCACGAUGUCAGGCGACUUGAUCUACUCCAUCAUGCUCCUACUUCUGACCAGUGCGUUCAACUCUGUAUCCCACUUUGACGUGCUUUCGAAUGUGACCACUAAUCAUGCAUUCUCACGUGCAAUGGUUGUAUGGAC